AAAGAGGAAAUGGCCCCUUAAGGGGUGGGCACAAGAGGUAUUUUGUGCUGGACAGCGGGAUUCUCAAAUAUGCCAAGACCCAGCAAGAUAUCAGUAAAGGGAAGCUCCGCGGCUCGAUCGACGUCCGUCUGUCUGUCAUGUCUGUCAACAAGAAAUCCAAACGCAUUGAUCUGGAUGCUGAAGACAACUUGUAUCACCUCAAGGGGAAGUCUCAGGAAGUGUUCUCUGCCUGGGUGUCUGAGCUCCGAGCUCAUCGGAUCUUUCGCCAUGGCGACUCGGCCCGGCUGCAGAGCGGGCUGUUCACAUCGCUGUCUGCCCUCGAACCCCUGCCCAGCAACGGAGCUCUGCUGGGUCUGAUCUCUCAGAUCCAGCCCCACAACCCCUUGCACCAAAGCCCUGAGUCAGGCCCCCUGCACAGCAUCCCUUCCCUGGCUGUAGAGGUUGACAGCAAGGUGGCUGCAUGGCUGCAGCACACUGACGACAUGCAGACCUGCUCCAGGGAACUCUCCGAGUGUCAGACGAACUUGACCGAGCUGUACAGGCUGCUGCAGAGUCUGGAGCUGCUUCAUCGAGUCGCCUCCGCCCCCCUCAUCUGUGACAGCCAGAAUUUGGUGACGGAGAGACCCAAGAAGGAGAAGCGCUCAUCCAAGAUCUGGUGCACCAAGAACUCUGCAAAAGACGAAGCUGCAGACACGGUGAGCCACACCCACCAGGGGGCAGGCUAGGGCU